AUGGAGGCCGUCAACGCUACGUCCAGCGGCUUCUCGUCCGUUCUGGCCGGCACCAAAUACGCCAAUGUCGCUCUUCCUCCUCAGGUCGAAUAUGUUAUCGAAGCUGUUUCGAAUGCCGGCGUCUGGACUUGGGUGUUCACUUUCAUCGCUCUUUGCGUUGCGUAUGAUCAGAUUGCCUACAUCAUCAGGAAAGGUCCCAUUGAGGGCCCGGCUAUGAAACUUCCCUUCAUCGGCCCAUUCCUCGACUCUAUGGAUCCUCGAUUCGACGGUUAUCAUGCUAAGUGGAGCAGCGGUCCCCUGAGCUGUGUUUCUAUCUUCCACAAGUUCGUCGUUAUUGCUUCCACUCGUGACAUGGCUCGCAAGGUCUUUAACUCACCCGCCUAUGUCAAGCCCACUGUUGUCGACGUUGCUCCUAAGCUUCUUGGACACGACAACUGGGUGUUCCUCGACGGAAAGGCUCACGUUGAUUUCCGCAAGGGUCUCAACGGUCUCUUCACCCGCAAGGCCCUGGAGAGCUACCUGCCUGGCCAGGAGGAGGCUUACAACACUUACUUCAAGCAUUUCCUCAAGAUGACUAAGGAUGCCGGCGGCAAGCCUGUCCCUUUCAUGCACGAGUUCCGCGAGGUCAUGUGCGCUGUCUCUUGCCGCACCUUUGUUGGUCACUACAUCUCCGACGAGGCUGUCACCAAGAUCGCCGAGGAUUACUAUCUCAUCACUGCUGCUCUCGAGCUUGUCAACCUCCCCGUUAUCCUUCCUUAUACCAAGUCUUGGUAUGGCAAGAAGGCCGCUGAUAUGGUUUUGGCCGAAUUUUCUAAGUGUGCCGCCAAGAGCAAGGUUCGCAUGGCCGCUGGUGGUGAAGUCACUUGCAUCAUGGACGCCUGGGUUUUGUCAAUGAUCCAGUCUGAGCGCUGGCGUGAGGCCGAGGAGAAGGGGGAGGGACACACCAUCGAGAAGCCCGCUCCUCUUCUCCGCAUGUUCAACGAUUACGAAAUCUCUCAGACCAUCUUCACCUUCCUCUUCGCUUCUCAGGAUGCCACCAGCAGCGCCGCUACUUGGCUCUUCCAGGUCACCGCCCAGCGACCCGAUGUCCUCGACCGUGUCAGAGAGGAGAACAUCAAGGUCCGCAACGGUGACCCUAACGCGCCUAUCACCAUGGAUCAGCUCGAAUCUCUUACCUACACCCGCGCUGUUGUCCGAGAGCUUCUUCGAUGGCGCCCUCCUGUCAUCAUGGUUCCCUACGUCACCAAGAAGGCCUUCCCCCUGACCGAGAAUUACACCGUUCCCAAGGGCUCAAUGUUGAUCCCCACCACUUUCAUGGCUCUCCACGAUCCUGAAGUCUAUGACAACCCUAGCCACUUCGACCCCGAACGAUACUACAGCGGCGAUGCUGAGGAGAAGGGUUCCAAGAACUACUUAGUUUUUGGUACCGGACCUCACUACUGCCUUGGACAGGUGUACGCUCAGCUGAACCUGGCUCUCAUGAUCGGAAAGGCUUCAGUCAUGCUUGACUGGAAGCACCACGCAACCCCUAAGUCUGAGGAGAUCAAGGUCUUUGCCACCAUUUUCCCAAUGGACGACUGCCCCCUCACCUUUGAGGAGAGGAAGUGGUAA